CGCAUUCCGCCGUGAGAGCGAGUGUAGAGCGGGGGGAGGGGGAAGGGCUGUCGCCUCCGAGCAAUAGGAACUGCAAUCUUCUGGACAGCUGUCGCCCUGUAGGUCAGCGACGACAGUCCAGGAUGCCUUACAUUCUCAUCAGCACACAGAUCCGGCUGGAGACUGGGCCCACCAUGGUAGGAGACGAGUACUCAGAUCCUGCCAUCAUGAGCUAUUUGGGAGCCAGGAAAACAACCAUGCUGGGGAACAAUUUUUCAGAAUACCACGUGGAUGAACCUCCUCGAUUGGUCCUAGAUAAGCUUGAGAAGCUCGGCUAUAAAGUUGUGACCAUGACGGGUGUUGGUCAGACUCUGGUGUGGUGCCUUCACAAAGAUGCCAAUGACCUCUGAACACAUCCAGUAGAUCACUCAUUUUAGCACUUUGUUUUGUAAUUAAGGUUACAUAGUGUUUACAAUUCCAGAUGAAGUUAUAAUGUCAUAUUCCAUGUUUUAGUCCAGUGAUUCUCCAUCCUGUUCCUGAAGUAUCACUGUUCUGCUUGUUUAGUGUUUUCGCUGCUCAAACACACCAGCUUCAAUUCAGGAAGUACUUGUUGAUGGGGUGUUCCACUGAUUUUUAAAAAUUUUAGCCUAAUUCAAAGAUUAAACAAAGUCAUUCCGAGUGGUUUGAUAUGAUAUGGUACAUUGUGGAAAAUCUUACUCACUCAGAUGUCUUUACAGUGGUGGUGACAGGAACCAGCAAUCACAGUGUCUGCAAACCAAAUAUAGACAUUUUAUUUACCAUUCAAAAUGACCUGCAAACGCAUGUUCUGAGUUUUUAUAUGUGAUGUUGAUGGAAGUAAAAUAGUGUUAGAUCCAAAAAAACAGAAGGAUUUUUUUUGGGUCCUAUUUUGCCUCACGACACACUGCAUGUCUCUCUCUGCCAAUCACAGUUUAAAAAAUAGGUUUUACACAAACCUCAUCUCCAAACUGGUUUCUAUCACCACCAAUGUAAACAAUUCUGAUUCUAGAAUGGAACAUUUCACAUCGCCCUCUGAAUGAUUGUUUAGGGUUUAUCAGGUGUGUUGGGAGCAGGGGAAGCUCUAAAAUGUGCAUAGCUGUGAUACUCCAGGACUAGGAUUGUGAACCACUGUUCUAGACUAUUAUCUGUUCAGUGAUCACAAAUGAGAAAUACUGUCCAAGACAAGCUCUCCUAACAAAUCUGCCUCUAGCAGAUUCAAGCAGUGUUGGCAGGGGACCUCUUGUGUAAGUGUGAUGGUUAAUUUCUUUUGUGCAAAACAGUCUUGCAACCAAAACUGAGAACUUUUUUUUUCAUGCUAAAGCUGCACAUUAAGCCUGCCAUAUUAUAUAAAUGCCACCAAGAAUGAUGGAAAUCCAGUGUUUCACAUUCCAUAAGAAGUCAAUAUCUAAGUCCUGUUUAGAUUCUGCAUUCUUCUUUUUUUCAAAUAAACUAUGGCAUGAAUAACGGCCAUAAAGUGGUAUUAUGAAUUCUCAUGUUUUAUUAAUUGCAUCAUAUAAAGUCUCUGUCAAUAGAUAUUUUGCUGCAAUUUAAGUGAAAGAUUCCUCAUUUUAUACCAGAGAAUUGAAGAAGGUAUUGUUGAAAGAGUUAAACUUCUGUUUUAUUGAAACGGGUCCAUUUAAAUAAUGUUUAGUUUAUUGGUGUUUUUUAAAAUGUAGCUUUCUCACUUCUCUGUUGUGUUCAUUCUGUUUUUCUGCUAAACUGAAAGAACUAUAUGUUUGGUUAUGACCAUGAUAUUACAGUGAGAAUGAAAUAAAUAAAGGUUUAAAUUCAAGAAAUUGACUGAAA